CGAUUGCCGGUCACCGUGCUCUCGGGCUUCCUCGGCGCGGGCAAGACGACGCUGCUCAAGCACAUCCUGACGAACCGGGAGAACGUGCGCGUCGCCGUGCUCGUCAACGACGUCGGCGCCGUAAAUUUGGACGAGCGCGACAUCAAGGACAGCCGCCUCGUGAAGGCGAACGAGACGCUCGUCGAAAUGACGAACGGCUGCAUCUGCUGCACGCGGCGCGACGACCUGCUCCAGGAGGUGCGCGAGCUCGCGCUGCUCAGGGACGAGGCCGACGACGCGAAGCGCCGCUUCGACGUCUUGGUGGUGGAGUCGACGGGCGUGUCGGACCCGGCGUCCGUGGCCCAGGCGUUCGCGCACGACCCUGAGCUCGACGCGCUCGCGCGGCUCGACACCAUGGUCACGGUCAUCGACGCCGCGUCCUUCUCGGAGAACUUCGCGAGCGUCGCGGUCAUGGACCACGACCACGCGGGCCACGGCCACGCGACGGCGGAAGAAACGGAAGCGUGCGCGACCAUGUCCGAGAACGUCGUCGACCUGCUCGUGAGCCAGGUCGAGUUCGCGGACGUCGUGCUGCUGAACAAGGCGGACCUCGCGGGGGACGACCGCGUGGCCUUCGCGGAGAAGACGGUGCAGCGCCUGAACCCGCACGCGACGACGCUCGCGACGACGCAGUCGAACGCGCCCGUGGCCGACAUGCUCCUCACGGGCAAGUUCGACUUCCGGCGGACGGCCUGCGCCGCGGGCUGGGUCCAGAUCCUCCAGGGGAGCCAGGAGGGCUCCUACGAGCGGUCCAAGGACACGACGUCGCUGUCCGCCAUCGGCUUCGAGAACUUCGUGUACAAACGGCGGACGCCGUUCCACGCGGCGCGGCUCCACGCGUUCCUGAACUCGAUCUUCGCCUUCGGGACGCUCCUGCGGUCCAAGGGCUCGCUCUGGAUCGGGAGCCGGCCGACGCGCAUCGGCAACUGGAGUCAGGCCGGCGCCGUCGGCCGGCUGUGCUCCGACGGCAUGUGGUACGUCUCCGCGCCGCCCGAGUUCUGGCGCCAGGCGGAAGCCGCGGGCAUCACGGACGACAUCAUGAAGGAUUUUCCGGAGGAGGAGCAGAUGGAGGACCCGGAGGAGCUGAAUCUGGCCGACAGCGUCGGCGACCGCCGCCAGGAGAUCGUCUUCAUCGGCAUCGACCUCGACAAGGAGAAAUUGGAAACCGCUUUGGACGGGUGCCUCCUGACGACGAAGGAG